GCCCGAUGUUUUGCCAGCACUGCUAUCUCGCUCUUUCUUUUAUUUCCGCCUUUUGCCGAGAAAGUUGAAAAAUCAUGGGCAAGCCAAGAGGUCUGCGCACUGCCAGGAAGCAUGUGAACCAUCGCCGCGACCAGCGCUGGGCCGAUAAGGACUACAAGAAGGCUCAUCUGGGAACCAGAUGGAAGGCCAAUCCCUUCGGAGGUGCUUCCCACGCCAAGGGAAUCGUGCUCGAGAAGGUGGGCGUUGAGGCCAAACAGCCCAACUCUGCCAUCCGCAAGUGCGUGAGGGUGCAGCUGAUCAAGAACGGCAAGAAGAUCACCGCCUUCGUGCCCCGUGACGGUAGCUUGAACUACAUUGAGGAGAACGACGAGGUUCUGGUCGCCGGUUUCGGUCGCAAGGGCCACGCCGUCGGUGAUAUUCCCGGUGUCCGUUUCAAGGUUGUCAAGGUGGCCAACGUCUCUCUGUUGGCUCUCUACAAGGAGAAGAAGGAACGCCCAAGAUCUUAGAUGACCAUGCAUCUAAUCUUUUUCCAAACAAGCAGAGUUAGGGUUUUACAAAACUAAAUAAAAAAGAAAAGAAACAAACGA